AUGGGCAUCUUCCACCGAGUAGCCAGCUGGGAAUUCCGACAUAGACAACAGGAACAUCGCCCUGGAUCACACGAAGUGCUCAGUAAAUUGGCGAUUCUAGCGAACCAAUCCGUUCUUCAGCUCCUCAGUGGUCAGCACGCUACGAGAAACAUCGUCGAGUCCGCUGCUAACAUCGCGACGAGGCAAUGUCACUCCAUAGAUAAAUAUACAACGAAGAAGGACGAACUUGAAAAAUGUAGACAGCUGCGCCAUGGUGUUGAACACUACCUCGGCCUUCAUAUUGCCCCCAGACGAUCAACUCAGCUUAAGAACAGCAAGCAACUUGAUAGUCCUGAGCAGACCAAAGCCUCGGAAAGUCUUUGCAAGAAGCCACCUUGUUCUCACAAGCGAUACUCGCAAAACCAGCAGGAGACUGAACUCGGGAAGCGGUUUGAUCCCACCCGCAGACCUCCAACUCCCGUCGCUUGGGCCACCAGCGGGACAUAUAAGAGACUUCCAAGACACUCGACCAGGAUUCGUACCACCAAAGCCCCGCAGCCGGUGACGAUCCCGCCUUGUUAUGCUUCUGGAAUCGACUACUGGCUUGGAAGCUUUUGGGACGACAAUCUCAUUUGCCAGGCGAGGGGCACACCGGUUCUGAACCUUGUCCCUCCCCCUGAGGAUGACGAGGACGUCCGCUUUUGGAAGCAGCGGGCUGACAUUUGGUCUAGACCAUCGCCCUCACCCCACGACGCAUGCGACAAGUCUCUACUGUACGGGAACAGGUAUGAGCGGUGUCGGAAGCCAAGCAAACGUCAGGCUGCUUCAACUGACUUGUCAGCAUGCCCUACAGUAUCCAGCCCUCUCCAUGUUGUGAACCUUGAUAGCGGUAGCGGCGUUCAAGGCGAUGAGGCACAAAUCUUGAAAAAGGACCCCAUCAACGUGGCAAAUCCGGCAGCUUCUGACUAUCUGACCCGGGCAAAAGAGUAUCCGCCGUUGACCUACAACGGUGACGAGUGGGGAGACGAGCUGGUUGACUCUGGUUACUAUCUAGGGAUCGUGGAUCAAGAUUACCGUAGAACCACAUACUACGACGACGAUCUUACUUCACUCGCAGUCAAGUACGAUACGUACUUUUGCUACUAA